AAGAGAAUGUUAGUGUUGUUCGUGAAUAUGAGAAGUAUAACUUAAUCGACAAAGUUGCUUGAAUCGGAUUUCAGAGACAAAAAACUCGUAAAGACUUUGUAUUCUUUCGUCGUCUGCUGCGACUUGAACAACCAAAUGAAUGGGAUCUCCAUGCUCGCGCAGUCGCAAUUGUCUCCGUCUGAGCGAAUUAAAGCAUACUGCUGACAUUGAGUUCUUCAUUGAAAAAUCAGUUAAGAUUUGUUUCCUCAUUUGUCGGAUCAACUCCGCCGAAGUGAAUGAAACAAGACGCUAGACAGCCUGGUUACCUUGAAAAAAUAAUGUCAGACACAGCUGUAAAGGUUAUCAAAUGCAAGGCUGCAGUAGCAUGGAAGCAAAAGGAACCUUUAUCCUUGGAAGAAAUUGAGGUAGCACCACCUAAAGCACAUGAAGUUCGAAUCAAAAUAGUAGCUGUGGCACUUUGUCAUACAGAUGCUUAUACUUUAGAUGGAUUGGAUCCAGAAGGGAUAUUUCCUUGUAUACUUGGUCAUGAAGGCAGUGGUAUUGUAGAGAGUGUCGGAGAGGGUGUCACCGAAUUUCAGCCUGGUGAUCACGUUGUACCACUUUACAUUCCUCAAUGUGGAGAUUGUAAGUUCUGCAAAUCACCGAAAACGAAUUUAUGCAGCAAAAUCCGUGAAACUCAGGGUAAGGGUUUAAUGCCUGAUGGCACGUCUCGUUUUACAUGUAAGGGACAAACACUUGCACACUUCAUGGGCUGCUCCACCUUCUCCGAAUAUACAGUUGUAGCUGAUAUUUCUCUCGCAAAGAUAAAUCCUAAAGCGCCAUUGGACAAGGUAUGCUUGUUGGGUUGUGGAAUAUCUACAGGUUAUGGCGCAGCUUUAAAUACUGCCAAAGUAGAAUCAGGAAGCACUUGUGCUAUUUGGGGUUUAGGAGCUGUUGGUCUUGCAGCAGUCUUUGGUUGCAAAAAAUCUGGUGCAUCUCGUAUUAUUGGGGUAGAUCUCAAUCCGGCUAAAUUUGAGCAAGCUAAGACUUUUGGCUGCACAGAAUGUAUUAAUCCCAAGGAUUAUGAUAAACCCAUUCAGCAGGUAUUAAUUGAAAUGACUGAUGGUGGAUUAGAUUAUACUUUCGAAUGUGUUGGAAAUGUAAAUACUAUGAGAGCUGCAUUAGAAUCUUGUCAUAAAGGAUGGGGUACAUCGGUAAUAAUAGGAGUAGCCGCAGCUGGCCAAGAAAUCAGUACUAGACCAUUCCAAUUGGUCACAGGACGAGUAUGGAAAGGGACCGCAUUUGGCGGAUGGAAAUCAAAGCAAAGCGUGCCAAAAUUGGUGGAGCAGUAUCUGUCAAAAGAAUUGAUUCUCGAUGAAUUUAUAACACAUAAUCUUCCAUUUGAAAAAAUCAACGAAGGUUUUAAUAUACUGCAUUCAGGAAACUGCUUGAGAGCCGUCCUUAAAUACUAAAAACGUUUUUAUACUGCAAAAAUACGGCCUACUAAGAACCAGUGUCUUCUACAAUUUAUUAAAAAUUGCUUUAUAAGAUGUACAUGCACAUAUGAAUGCCAUACACUACCCCACUUCUGUUUGUUACAAAUUUGUAUUGAAUCUCUGAAAAUGAAAGAUGGUAAAUAAAUUUUAUAUUUACUAUA